AACUGCUUCAAGAAAAUGCAAACUGCCCUGGUCAAGGUCAACACCACGACGCCGAGCUGUAAAUGACGCAGCGUCGUCGUCUGAUCUGUGUCUGUCCAAAGAGAGAGAGAAAAAUGAGGCCACCUCUAGCUGCGGGCAGUUCGCCCCCGGUUCUUUUAUUCGUGUCUGUGCUCCUUUGGCUCCAAAGCCAUUUUUUCCAGUCGGUAUUUUUCGUUUCCGCGGACGGGCUAGGAAAUGUAAAAAUGUCUGGGUCUGGGAACUUGUGAUGCUGGGCAGCGUCUCAUGAUGAGGCUACAAAUGCUGGCUCAGCAUGACAACUUUCUGAGCUCCUAGGUGUUGCCUACUCUGCAUGACAAACUGCGCUUCUGCAUCACACAAAAGCGCAGCUCUUGGGUAACGGGCAUGACAGAUUUAAGAGUCAUGCCAGACAAGCAUGACAAACAUGAAUUCUUCCAGACCCAGACAUUUUUACAGUUGAUACGGGCACCUACCUGAUCGACCGGUGGGCGUUUCGGUCAGCUUUCCGCUGAAGCACACGGCCCACGGGGGCGAUCCGUCCCUCCCGCGGAAAAACCACCACGAAAAGCGGGACAAGCACCACUACGAGCACGCCCACGAAGCAACGUUGCAGUUACCAAAUGCAAGUACGUCUGGGUCUGGAAGGAUCCAACUUGUCAUGCUGUUUUUGGAUUCUAAAAAUAUCUGUGUUGCAUGAGCAGCAAGAGGAGUCAGUUCUUGGCACGCGGCGAGGGCAUUUCUCAUGCGUAACUAGCAUCAAGAAGCCCUCGAAAAGUCUCUCAUGCUAGCACCAGCAUCACAGACCUCACGGGUGAUGCAAAAUGUGCAUGACAGCCCCCGACUCUUCCAGACCGAGGCAUACUAAUUUGCAGUGCAUAGCAGUCCACCGGUCACGAUAUGCAUCGAAAAUGUGAAGAUGUCUGGGAGGUCCUCUGCGUGGGAAUACUUGUGGUGCUGCGCUGUCGCUGUGGCUGGUCCUGGUGAGUCAGAUGAGGCAAUUUCUAGACAAAUGCAGCCAGGCAUGAGACGGCCAGUGGACUUAAUAGCCGAAUUGGACAUCGUAGUGCGUAUUCGCUGUUCUUGGUCAUGUAGUACUGUAACAGAUUCUACUACAGAAAUUCAAUACGGCACGCGGCAAAAAAGCAGGUAGAAAUUCCACUUCUUUUCCCGCCCCAGAUGUUGACACAUUUGCCUUUGAUGCAAGAGUAUGAACUGCAAAAGCAUCGUACUAGUAUAAAUUGCAACGCAAAUUGACUUAGCAUUACAAAUGAAAUUUGUAAUGCGGAUUUCACUCAGGAAAAAAAUUUGUCAUGCAUAAAAGCGAUUAGUACGAGUACGAUACUUUUGCACAGGAUAAAGAGAUCGCGCAGCCAAUCGGGGUGGCAGGGAGAACCGCGGUGCAGACACACGUCGCGGCAGCGUAUCAAAUGCAAAUACUUAUGUCUGGGUCUGGAAACUUGUAAUGCUGAAUGGUCAUGAUUGACUGCGCCUUUAAGUGCAGUGUAGCAUGACAAAUCCCAUGCGCAGAGGGCAUUACAGACUGCACUUUUGCAUAGCGAAAGUGUGGCACUUUAUUUGCUGCUUGUGCAAUACAGAUUUUUUAGAUAUGCGAAACACGCAAUACAACAGGUUCAACUACCAUUCCAGACCCAGACAACAUAUUUGCAUUUGAUACAGCGCUCGGGCCGCUGAUAUCCGCGAAACGGGUGAGUGCUACGAAGAGUACAGAUGCAGAUGUGUCGAGCGUGGGAGACCAUUCGGGAACAGCUGCAGACUUGCAGCAGAAAACGAUGUCUGGAAGCGGGCCUUUGAGUGCAGGAGCUUUAGUGGACCCCGCCGCCGCCAGUGGUGCUGCACAAGAAGGGCUAUCUUCACAAAACCCCGCGCCGUCUCCAGCGGCUGGACACCAGGAUGAAACAGGUAGGACUCAUGUUCUUGCACAACCUGGCGACGGUGCACCACAACUACUGUCAGAACUAGAUACGAAUACGAAACAAGAGGGUGACGUUGCGAAGAACGAGAGGUCUGGCAAGGUGCUUUUGCAGCCCGGAAGUACUAGAAGUACCCCUCCUACAGCGGUCGGCGUCACAACGCCGGAACAAUGGUCGCCGCAAGGAGCCACAUCUCCAGCUUUCCCAGCGACGCAUAUGCAAUGCAAAAGCAUCGUACUCGUAUAAAUGCAUUACAAAUUUCCUCAGGAUGGGAUGAAACGAAAUUUGUAUUGCUGAUUUACCUUAAGAAAAAGUAAUGCAUGAUUGCAAUUACUACGAGUACGAUACUUUUGCACAGCAUAACGCAGCAACACGUACAAAACGCAAAACCCGGGGCACCGAACGCCGCCACAGAUCGUGCAAGGGCACCAGACACCACCGCCGGCGCCGUGUCUUCCUUCGCGGAGCUACCGCUAGUAUCAACUGCAAAUAUGUCUGGGUCUGGGAGAUGGGCGAGAUUUGUCAUGCUAGUCUGGCAUGACUCUAAACUCUGUAUUGCGUGGUCGCGCACAGCUCCUCAAAACUGUGUUUCAAAAACGCAGUUUCUCAUGCGAAGUACGCAACUCAGAACCACGGAAAAUCUUGUCAUGCUUGGCAGCGCAUUACAGUGUGCUCACUAGUAUUCCCUUUGUUGCAUGACAAGUUUCCAGACCCAGACAUAUUUGCAAGGCAUAACUAGUGUCGCGGAAGGCAGUUGGUGAAGAUUCGACACUGGAGACGGAAACGCCGGCAAGUACUACGAAGCCAACCACAUCGGAAGACACUGGCCUGUUGGUGUCGGAGGAGCAGCAACCCGUCGCGAAAACGACCGAGGACCAAAAGGAAGCACCUGGUGCUGCAACAUCACCACCUACCGAGGAAAAUAAAACCGAAGUUGUGACGACGUCCGCGGCUGCUGCUGCACCUGAAACUGCUACUGCUACUACAACAGCUCCUGCGCCGGCAGCGGACGCGACGAGUCCAGGUGCAGCAGAAGCAGUAGCAGCCGUCGUGACGGCCGCGCCACCAGCACCGGCUGUCACGACGGCGGAGCAAGAGGCCGCAGCCGGGGCGGGUCGAAGUCCUCAUGUUCUUCCCGUUAUAACAGAAGGUAGUUCAUCUUCUGCAGUUUCUCAGGAACUCCAACCAGGCGAACAAGCCGGAGCGCCGGCAGUCACUUCCAGCGCUACUCGGGCCGCGGAAGCACCCGCUGCGGAAGCACCCGCUGUGGAAGCAGCGGGAGCAGCCACUGUAGCAGCUGGACCAACAUCUUCCUCCGCCGAAGCUGUAGCCACGACUUCCGCGCCGGUCGUUGUACUAGCGCAAGAAGCAGCACCAGCUCCUGUGCCGGUUGUUGGACUAGCGAAAUCUGCCGAGGUGGAACAAGCAGCCGCUGCGCCGGCGGCCGCGGCUGCACAAACAGCCGAAGAAACAACAAGCGCUAGUAGUGCCGCUGUUGUAAGAACUUCUGCGGCGCCACCAGUGAUUGAUGCUACUGCAGCGCUGGAGCCCGCAACUACUCCUGGGGCGACCGCUGCCGCUUCCGAAAGCGAGCCGGCCUCGGCGCCGAACAGUCCUGUCGACCCGAAGAAAAGCGAUCUUUCCAGCAACAUCGCGGCGGUCGUCCAGAAGGUAGAGGCUACGGAGAAGGCCGCAUUGGCGCAAGUGGAACACGCGUUGGGCGCCGAGAAGGCGUUUGUGGGGAAGUUAGUGGAAGAACACAGCAGCCCCGCCCCGCCACCGGCCACCUCGGAGGCGGCUUCCUCGAGUGGCGGUGGGAAAGCAGCGCCCGUGCCCAUCAAAGACGAGGACGUCGCCGAAGCUGCGAUGCUGAAACAGCACGAGACGACGGUUUGCGCCGACGACCCCGUGUUCAAGGAUUCGCAGG